AUGCGCUUACCUCAUCGGUCUUCAGGCGCCCCGCCCUCCCGCCAAGGAGGCCAUGUUGACGUGCUGACGUCACGUACGGUGGCCGACGAGCCGGCGUUCCACAGAUCCACAGAUCGUCGGGGCCGUUAUUCGGGGCAACCUGAGUUCUGUAGAUACUGUAGGCUGGCAGCGGCGGAAUCGAAGUGCGCUCCGCGGUCUCCUAGGCAACGACGCCCCGUGCGGGCCGGGCGGGUGGUGCGCGUGCGCACUGGACGGCGCGCAGUGGUCCCCGGGACGGUGGUCCCGGCCCCGGCUGAAGAUGGCGCGCUUGGCCCCGGGGACGAGGCGCGUCUGCGGGCGAUGCUCAGGCAGCUGAUCCAGAGCGUGAAGGAGCGGGUCACCGGCGCCCCGUCCCUGCAGUGCGCCAAGGAGGUCCUCCUGCGCCUGGAGGAGACGGACGCCAACUUCCACAACUACGAACUUGUCAGAUACCUCAGACAGCACAUAUGCAGCACUCUGGGGCCCAUGAUUGAAGAGGAAAUGGAAAAGUGCGCCUCUGAGAAGAAUCAGGGUGAGGAGCCGGGCUACGACACGGUGGUGCAGUGCGUCCUCGCCAGGGUCCAGGAGUCCGCACAGUACAAAGACAUGAUGCAUUCCCUGAAGGGUGUCAUGACGGCCAUGGUGGGGUGCAUGAGUAGUGGGUUUGAGGAGCAGGAGGAGGAAGAGGAGGAGACGCAGAGGCCCGAGAGGCAGAGGAAGGCGCACAGGGAGAAGGGCAGCAGGCACUGCACAGACAGCUGCUCUGACAGCGACUCCUCCUUCAGCCAGAGUUACAAGUUUUGUCCAGGAAAAUUGCAGUUGAUUGUGGACCAGUUGGAUCCCCGGCAACCUAAAGAGGUGAGACACGAAGCCUUGCAGAUGCUGUGCUCCGCUCCUCCCUCGGACAUCCUGGGCUGUGAGAACGGGGCCUCCCUCUGCCAGAGGCUGACGGCGGCGCUGUCCGACCCGGACCCCGUGCUCAGUGACCGGAUUUUGAAGUUCUAUGCGCAGGCGUUCAUACUUCUGCCGUUACACAUGACCAAUGAGAUUUACACAAGCUUAGCAAAAUAUUUGGAGCUGUACUUUCUUUCUAGAGAAAGUCAUAUUCCUACUCUUUCAGCGGGUGUAGAUGUCAACAACCCUGACGUGACCCGCUUACUUAAAAAGGUCCGUCUUCUGAGUGAGUAUCAGAAAGAGGCGCCGUCUUUCUGGAUCCGUCACCCAGAGAAGUAUAUGGAGGAAAUUGUGGAGAGCACUUUGUCCUUGCUGUCAGCUGAGCACGCUCCAGGCCCUCUUCUCUCACCGAAGAUUUUAGAUCCGAUCUGCUUUUUUGCACUAGUUGACACUAAGGCUGUGUGGUUCAAAAAGUGGACGCAUGCAUAUUAUAGCAGAACUACAGUACUCAAACUUCUUGAAAAGAAAUAUAAGUCUCUGAUAAUAGCAGCAGUCCAGCAGUGUAUUCAGUACUUGGAAUUGUGUGAGACCAGCAAAGCGGAUUUAAUUUUGGGACAUUCAAAGCACUGUGGGGACAAACAGAAAACGCUCUACUACUCAGGACAAGAAGUACAAUAUAUUUAUUUCAUUCACUCACUGUGCCUUUUGGGAAGAUUACUGAUCUAUACACAAGGCAGAAAACUAUUUCCUAUAAAGCUGAAGAAUAGACACGACUCAGUAUCCCUUACAGAUCUGGUGGUUCUGUUUAUUCGGCUCAUCUAUUAUUCACCAAGCCAUCCAGAUACGACACCAGACGUAGAUUCAGAGGACUAUUCCCCGGCAAGCAUGGUGACGGAAAUUCUGCAGAUUCUCUGCGAUCAGAAAGAAUGUGCCAUGGAAUGCCUGUACAGCAGCACUGUGAUCAGCACGCUCCUGCAGCCGAUUCACAACCUAAUGAAAGGGAACGAGGCUGCUCCACAUUGCUCAGAAACCGCUUUGAUCCACGCGGCUGGUGUCCUGGCAAGAAUCGCUUCUGCCGAGGAAGGACUUGCUUUGCUUCUGUAUGGAGAAGACAUGAGCCCUUCCGAAGAGGACAGUCUUACAGGCGCUCAUGUAACCGCCCAGUUUACAAAGAGACUUCUGGAGGGGGAGGUUCCUGGCCUUGCCGGGUCAGCGCUGCUGCCUGCGGUGCAGCGCGCGUUCGUGUCCCUGUGCUGCCAGAUGUGCGGCACCUGUGAGGGGCUGCAGGCGCUGCUUCCUUACAGUCUGCACGAGGCCGUCGCGCAGGCGCGGAGGAAGGCAAGUUUGCCUUCAGAAGGAAUCCCUACUCCAGUACUGGGUUCUCAUUCUGUCUCUUCCGUGAGCCAGGGAUCCCAGAACAUUUUCAGUAUGGCGUGGGAAGAGAGUUUGUUAGACGAUUUACUGAAUUUUGCUGCUACCCCCAAAGGAUUACUGCUUCUUCACAGAGCAGGUGUAAUCAAUGACUGUGUGACAUUUAUGUCCAACCAGUAUGCCGAAAAUCUACAGGUCAGCAGGCAGAAGAAGGUGGGCUAUGGAGUUUUAGUGACGCAGGUGGCGUCCACAGCAGCAGGUGCGGCAGUGCUACGAGAUUCAGGCUUUGUUAGUGCCCUCGUCGCUGGACUGUGGUCCAGUCUGGAGUGUGGAGGCGAAGACACGAUGGUGAACCACCCCCGGCCUACGCCAGUGGAGCCUAUCGACCGCAGCUGCCAGAAGUCUUUUCUAGCGCUGGUGAGCUUGCUGUCCUCCCCUGCUGGGUACGAGCUGCUGGGCCUCCAAGACCUUCCCAACCGUGCAGAGUACUCUCUCCACGAGCUCCCUACGUGUGUCACAGAUAUAAUUGAUCGACUUAUCAUUUUAAAUUCUGAAGCUAAGAUUCAUUCUCUAUUCAACUAUGAACAAUCACACAUUUUUGGACUAAGAUUAUUAAGUGUGAUGUGCUGUGACCUGGACCUCCUGCUCCUUCUGGAGGCUCAGUAUCAGGUAUCCAGGGUCCUGCUCCGCGCUCAGGAGGAAAACAUCUCAGAGGUCUCGGGGAGCCACAGGGGUUUUAUAAUCGAUGGCUUAUCAGUGGAGAGAAACCACGUUCUUGUAAGAAUGAAUCUCAUUGGGGGGCCGUUGGAGCGGACUGUGCCCCCGAGGACACUGGACAAGGGUGAAAAUCCGUAUCCUUGGCCGAUGUUUUCAUCAUAUCCUUUGCCACAUUGCUAUCGCUCAAAGGCUACAAGAAAUCCUGAUAUAAAACAAGAUGCUGAUCUUAGCCAACUAUUAUCAUGCUUCAUGAUAUCUGAUAAGCAAACUGAGUGGGUAGAAAACUGCCAAAGACAGUUCUGCACAGCGAUGAAGUCCAAAGGCCACGUCAUCAGCGGAGGUGCUUUAGGAGAAUUACUUGAAAAAUUUGUGCUUCAUCUCACUGAAAUUCCAGCUGAAUGCUACUUCCCCUCAGUGGAAUACACAGCUGCUGAUGCAGACGUGAGGAGUGAAAGCCUUUCGUCCGUGCAGCAGCUCGGCGUGCGGAUGGCUAUCAGCUAUGGCAAGUUCCUCAACUUGUUAAACGAUGGUGCGGAAAGUGAUCUCGCCUUGGUUUUGAAACACUGUGAGAGAUUCCUGAAGCAGCAGCAAGCGCCUGUGAAAUCUUCUCUUUUCUGCCUGCAGGGGGCCUACGCCGGCCACGACUGGUUUGUGUCCUCGCUGUUCCUCAUGCUCUCGGGGGACGGAGAGAGGACGCUGCGGUUUCUCCUGCGCUUCUCCAGGCUGCUGGCCUCUGCGCUCCUCUGGCUACCGAGACUGCACCUCUCGAGGUACCUGCCUGCUGACACCGUGGCGUCGGGCAUCCACCCCGCGUAUUUCUGCAGCGCUCACUGCACGGAAAUGCUCCUGAAGACGGAGGUGCCGCUUGUGUAUUCCGCCUUCCACAUGUCCGGGUUUGCACCGUCCCAGAUUUGCCUGCAGUGGAUCACUCAAUGUUUCUGGAAUUACUUAGAUUGGAUAGAAAUAUGCCAUUACAUUGCCACUUGUGUUUUCCUUGGUCCUGAUUAUCAAGUGUACAUCUGCAUAGCUAUAUUCAAGCAUCUACAACAAGAGAUUCUGCAGCACACUCAAACCCAAGACCUGCAGGUGUUCCUAAAGGAAGAAGCGCUGCGUGGGUUUCGAGUGAGCGAUCAUUUUGAAUACAUGGAAAUGUUGGAGCGCAACUACCGACCCGCGCUGCUGAGGGACAUGCGGGCCAUCAGAGAGCAGGCCGCGUAGGUCUCGAGGUGCAGUUUAAUCCUGGGGUUUAGUCAUUUUUAAAGGAAACAAAGGACUUGUUUAUUUUAUGUCUGCAUGUGUAACAACGUAUGCUUUGUGAAGACAUGCUGUAAAUCAAUACCCAGAGGUCUUGAACAUAGUAACAUAUUCAAGCUGGUACUAGCCUGAUUUAUGCAACGAAUCCCUUCUGGUGAGGCCCUCGUCCUGGAAGGCUUUACACUCACACCUGGCUGACUUGUACCUGGGAUUUUGUCUCAGACUCAGUGUCAGCUCACCGUACAUUGUCAUCUUCACCAGAUGAUUGAGUUUUCAAUGGUUUGGGAAGAAGUGGUAAUAGUGUAAAUAAUUGUUUUAUUGAGAAUCCAUAGAAGAAAAAAAUUGUUUCUCCAGUACUUGUAUCUCUUUGUGUUCAAGAGAACAACUGCUUAUUUUACGUGUGGAAGAAUAAAUGAUAUUUUUCCUGGCAAAUGGCAGAAAAACUAUUGUCCCCAUACAUAAUUGUUUUUCUAGGAGAUGCUUUUGAUACCUGUAUCAAUUUGUACUUUUUUAUUUGAAAUGUCAUCUUUAUAUGGUUUGUUUAAAAGAUAGAGUGGUUAUUUCAUACUGUUAAGCAUUCUAAUAUUUGUUGUGUAUUUCCUUAGUUGUAGAUUUGAUUUGUGCCGAACCUGAAAACAUUAAGGAACAUACAGUUCUGAAUUCUUUUAAAUGACUAACACUGUGCUGGUAAGAUUAAUACUGUAUGUGACGGUCUUUUUUUCAUAACUGUCACAUUUCUUCUGUGAAAGGCAGUACACAAAUAAAUUGAAUUAUUAUUAGUCACCAA